UGUCACUUUUCGAGAAAAGUUUUCGGUCAAAUUUCCCUGAGAAAAAUCCUCAGUUGACGGCAGAAAAUUGUAAAUUUUCCUCCGAUGGUCCCCAGAGCCUGGGUAGCGUUCAUCGUGACGGCAAGCCCUCUGGUAUCUCAUCAUCUGCCAGCCUACGGCCCACAUUUUCCGUUAUACGGAAAGUGUCAGUGACAUCAAACGAGGGAGAUGAGAUCUUGGUGUCGAGUAGCAUGGAGUCCCCUAUGGCCUCAGCCUGCGCCUCGUCUUUAGAAUCUUGUUUUUUCCAGCCUGGUUCUAGUCCUUGGAUCUCUUAUCGUCAAAAGAGGAACAUCCUGGCAGAUGAAGGGUUUAAAGGCAGCACCCAAAGCCUGGAAGAAUACUCGGUAAACCAAAGCUUUAGUUCGUUUGCCAGUUCGAAAUCGCAACUCAAUCGGCAGAUUGCUCUUUCCAACGAUAAUUCGCUUGAAUCACAUGAAGGCGUUCCAGGAACUUGGAAUAAAAAUAAUCGUGAAGCCGAAACCUUCAGUCGGAAUUUUUCUGAAUCUUCGUCCCAUCGUAAGCGAUCAUCUGACGGUGAAAUGCCCAGGUUUUUAAUUGAGCCGAGCGUGAAUGAAGAUGAUCUUCGAUGUCAUGGAUCGUGGGACCAAUCUCUGAAUAAUGAAAAACGAUCUGGGAGUGAGCGAAACUUGACUAACUCGCUCUCUCUGCCUGUGGACGCGCUCAGUUUCUCUGUGAGAGAAAGGAGGUUCAGUGAUAACGAUACUGAGUAUGUAAGGUCCGAAAGCGAAUUGAAAAAGAAGCAAUCUUCUCUCAUGGACCUAUCUAACAAAUUAAAAAACCUAACUCUAAGUUUCCGUAAGACCGAACCCGCCUGCAAAUCGAUCGGUAAGUCGGCAUCAGCUCACGAUCUCGAUCGACUUCGCCAGAACAGCCAUGAGUCCUGGACUGACCAGAGGGAGAGCGACGGUAGUGAAGGCAAAUCAUCUGCGCUGGUCAAACACAAAAUCUCACUCAUGAAAAAUACACGACCCUCUAAUUUCACUCCCUCAAGGCCAGCUCGGUGCAAGACUCUUCCAGCUUCCAAGGCCGGCCAAAAGAAGCUCCCAUUGAGUUCUGGCAAUCCUCCAGAAAACCAAAGACGUUCAUCGAUUACGAUUGAUCCUUCUUCAAAAACAGCAUCGUCCGAUUUUUCGACUGACAGCGAAACCUUCUACGCCAGAAGACAUGAGCACCCAGACACCACAUCGCUCGCGAGCUUCAUAUCUGUGGACCAAAAACCGAAAUCACGAUCCUUCUUGGCCACAAAGACGUCGAAAAAUCGCAGCCACAGCUAUGACGUCACAAACGAAAGCAGAUCGCGCAGCAAUAGCUUCGCCGCAAGCCCUGACCUAAGUGGGCUAGGCAGCGUUGGCUUGGCUGCGGUCGCUGCUGGUGCUGCUGCUAGUGCCUUAGCUUGCAACAACAACAGCAGCAUCGACCUCGAGGAGUCCAAUAACAACAACAGCAACGAGAGCAGCACGGUCGAAGACUCAGGGAUCGUUCCCUUGGCCACCAAGCGCUCGCGGUUAAUAGGAAGUUUUUUCAAGAGAGAUCCUCCUGCACCGGCAAACUCCCAGGCGUUGGUCGUCGCUGCUAAAGACAACACUUCGCUGGCGUCGCUUGGCAGCUUUAGGAGACGAAAGCCUUUCACCAUCAGUAAAUACCUACAGCGCGGCAGUUCUAAGCUGGCAGAGCAGCAGCGGCGGCUCAAGAACCAGCUGUGGAGCGCCGUGGUGAACAUCAUCCUGGUGGAGGGCCGCGACCUGCUGCCCAUGGACCCUGAUGGCUUCUCCGACCCCUAUGCCAAGUUCAGACUCGGCAAUGAAAAGUUCAAGAGCAAGGCGGACGCCCGCACCCUCAACCCAAAGUGGCUGGAGCAGUUCGACUUCCACCUCUACGACGACCAGACACACAUCCUCGAGGUCACCGUCUGGGACAAGGAUGCCCGGUCCAAGGAUGACUUCAUGGGCAAAUCCAUCCUGGACCUGAAUGAGUUUGAGCGCGAGAAGACCCACGACAUCUGGACGGAUCUGCUGGACGGCGCUGGGAAAGUUCAUCUUUUGCUCACCAUCUCCGGCCUCACCACCGACAACUGCGCCUCUGACAUCGCCAUGCACAGGGACAACCCCGACGAUAUCAGAGAGAUCCUGGACAGAUACAAAUGGUCGAGGUCUCUGCAGAACCUGAAGGAUGUUGGUCACCUGACGGUGAAGAUCUACAGAGCGCAGGGCCUCGCGUCUGCAGACAUCGGGGGCAAGAGCGACCCCUUCUGCGUGGUGGAGCUCAUCAACGACAGGGUCCAGACCCACACCGAGUACAAGACCCUAACCCCAACAUGGAACAAGGUCUUCGUCAUGAACGUGCGCGACAUCCACAGCGUGCUGGAGGUGACGGUGUACGACGAGGACCGCGACCACAAAGUUGAGUUCCUGGGCAAGGUGAUGGUACCGCUGCUGCGCAUCCACAACGGCGAGAAGAAGUGGUACGCCCUUAAGGACAAGAAAAUGAGGGCGCGCGCUAAGGGCCACUACCCUGAGAUCCUGAUGGAACUGUCGGUGCACUGGAACCUGUUGCGGGCGGCGGUGCGCACGUUCACGCCGCGGGACUACAAGUACAUGCAGAAGGACCUCAAGUUCAACCGCCAGAUCUUCAUCCGCAACGUCAACAGACUCAAGGGCACCAUCAACCAGAUGGUCGAGGGAGGAGUCAUCAUCAAUCAGAUCUUCACGUGGCAGAACCCCCUGCAGAGUAGCAUGGCGUUCGUAGGCUUCCUGCUGGGCGUGUACUUCUUCGAGAUGUACAUGAUACCUCUGGCCCUGCUCGGCAUCUUCUUCAAGAACUAUGUCGUGAUCUCGCUGGUGGGGAGCCUCAUGCACAAGGACGAUGAGCUCGAGACGAGCAGCGACAUCGAGGACGACGAUGACGACGAGAAGGAUAAGAUAACUAAAGAAGAGGAGAAGAAGUCGCUGAAGGAGCGGCUCACAGCCAUCCAGGAGGUGACCGCCACCGUCCAGAACGCCAUCGGCUUCAUCGCCUCCACGCAGGAGAGCAUCAAGAACACGUUCAACUUCAGCGUACCGCUGCUCUCGUGGAUGAUGGUGUUUGCGUUGAUGUGCGUGGCGUUGGUGUUGUAUUACGUGCCGUUGAGGGCGUUGGUGUUUGUCGUUGGAGUUAACAAGUUCCUCAAGAAUCUCCUCAGACCCAACGCCAUCAACAACAACGAACUUGUCGACUUCCUCUCCAGAGUGCCUGACGAUGAGAACUUGAGAGACUACCGCGAGAUAAGACUGAGCCCGACCAUGAUGGAGGAGAGAAGAAGAGAGAUGAGGAAGAGGAAGCACAACUGAUGUAGGGGGCAGCGCCCCUCCAAGUGGUCCUGAUGCACGAGUCUCUUCAGUAGCUCUGCACAAGAAACGUUAUUCCUUGCACUGAAAAAAGACCAGUAACAGUUAUGGCAGAAAAUUUCAGUAAACUUUACUGGAAGUGCUUGUCUUCGACAUGUUUUGGAUGAAAUGUUUUCCUGGAAAUACGAACGGACAUCGACCGGACUAGAAUUCACUAGUAUUUCUCUUUAUGGUAAACCAAAUUGAUUUUUUUACAAGAUUCCUAUGCAGGGAGAAAGUGUAUCGUGUGCACCGAAGCGCUCGAAUUGGACCGAGGAUUGCUGAAGUUCUUGAUGCAAAAAAUCUAGUAAACUUUGCUGCAAGUAGAAAGUUCUUGUGACGUUAGAACUAGAUUUAUAACGCGUUAUUGUGCUUGUGUUGUGCUGAGUGAGAAGAUACGCGCUGAGUGAGAAGAUACGUGCUGAGUGAGAAGAUACGUGCUGAGUGAGAAGAUACGUGCUGAGUGAGAAGAUACGUGCUGAGUGAGAAGAUACGUGCUGAGUGAGAAGAUACGUGCUGAGUGAGAAGAUACGUGCUGAGUGAGAAGAUACGUGCUGAGUGAGAAGAUACGUGCUGAGUGAGAAGAUACGUGCUGAGUGAGAAGAUACGUGCUGAGUGAGAAGAUACGUGCUGAGUGAGAAGAUACGUGCUGAGUGAGAAGAUACGUGCUGAGUGAGAAGAUACGUGCUGAGUGAGAAGAUACGUGCUGAGUGAGAAGAUACGUGCUGAGUGAGAAGAUACGUGCUGAGUGAGAAGAUACGUGCUGAGUGAGAAGAUACGUGCUNCAAGAAGCAGGAAGUGUCCACAAGAAGCAGGAAGUGUCCACAAGAAGCAGGAAGUGUCCACAAGAAGCAGGAAGUG